AUUAAAAAAAACACUUUUAAUAUAAAAAAUAAAUUUUCUUAUUUAAUUUUUAUUUUUUUAAUAUUUUAGAGGCAUUUAGUCGACCCAAAUAGAUGUUUUUAAGUCUUUUUGCAAUAAACAUUUGGACUGAUUCUUCCAAGUUACUUCAGCAUGUGUUCAUACAAUUAAAUUCUUGUAUGGUACAAAAGAACUUAGGUUUGGAAUGUCAUGUCAUACUUCAAAAUUGGGAGUGACAGACAAGAAUAUACUGAAAUGGUGGAACCAGAUUGCAUCGGUUGAAAUGGAUCAAGUUGUACCUUCAAGUGGGACAAGAAGUCCCAAGAAGCAAAUUGGUGGAGGAAGAUGGACAUGACAUUCCAAGAGAGCUAUUCUCCUAUGAGAGCUACUCAGCUCAAGGAAGAACACUGAGAUUGACCUUUGUCACAAGUUACAGGUCUCCAUAACACCAACAAUGUUUCACUUCAUUUUCACUUGGGUCCUGCUCUUAGCCUCUGUAGGGUUUGUUGAUUAUAAGUUCAGUACAUGUUUUCUUUACCUGCUCAUGCAAUGCAUAUCACUAGUCUUCAUUGCUCAAACUGAAUUAGGCAUUCAUCACCAGUACAUCAUAGGGUUUGUCAUAAUAAGAGUUAUGAGAUGCAAUUCAGAACAGAACGUUGCAGGCAAGCACCUACUGGUCACCCUAACCCACUGAGAAUUAUUUCCAAGGGAAUGCACUUGAUUGCAAACCGAGGGAUUAAUGAUGAUUAUCCUAUUCUUAUCAGCUAUAAUUUCUUCGCUUAUUGUACAUACCAUAGUGAUUACAAUGAAAUACUAACUCAAUAUUCAUAUUCUAGCAGAAAAUCACUGGCUACAUUUUCAAUCUUAUCCUGCUAACUUGCUUUUUGUCCUUUGCAAUUUUCAUUUUCUGUAACCCAACAUUUUAAUGUUUUAUCAUUGUUUUUGCCUUAAGUUUAAGUCAUGGCCAGUGCAGAGGUCCUUCAGGAACUUUCCGUAUUGAUGUUCAAGAUAGGCUUCUUUGGAUCCCUUUUAGGGCCCAAAGCAGAACAAGAGAAUCUUUUAACAUAAUGCCAAUGUGGACCAAGUGAUCCUUGAACAGCAUCAAGCCUUUUUGUUUUUGCUUUAUAGUAACAUGAUAAUGACAAAUCAAAUUAUCAUCUUGUUCAGAUUAACAAAACUACAUUGAUUUUUUUUUUUAAUUUUCAUGGAAAAGGAAAUAGCACAUACUUCAUUUUAACCCAUCUAACGAACUGUCUUUUUUUUUCUUUGAUAAAUAGCAUCUUGGAUCUUAUAGUGUUGACCUUGACACUCAAAAUUACCUACCAUAAUGCAAGGAUCAUACGUUACAUAUGUGAUUGUAUCAGCCAAUGUACCUUAGUUUAUAUCUUAACAAUGUGCUCAUCACACAUGAAUUUCUACUAAUUUCUAUAUGAUCUCUAUGCUCAUCACACAUGAAUAUCCUCCAAUAGUUGCAAAACAUGAUAUUAAAGGCAUAAAGUUCUCUGAAUGAGCCUCUUUGAGGUUCUCUUCCUGGAAGAUAUAUGUAUGUAGGCUCCAAACAACCACAUUCAUUCAUAGUCAUUUUCAAUUGUAGACAAUCAAACCCUAUUUGGUUUAUGUAAUUUUCAAUUUGUAAAUGUUAGAUCAUUAAAUUUGGUUUUCCAUCAUUGAGAUUUUGAUUCAUCUUGAGGUAUGAUAUAUUAUGCCCUCUCUGUGCAUAUAAUGUUGAUGUACACGCAUGUGUAAAACUUUACGAACACCAACAUAAAGAUGCACUUCUCAUUGUAUACAUGACUACAUUAAUGUAUCUGUUUGUUAUUUUGUGCAAUUGUGUGGAGCCCUUUCUCCAUCCUUCUUAUUCAUCCCUGCAUAAGCUGGUCUGUGCAAGUGUUCAUUUAUAUAGUUAGCAUCUGACAGAAAAUUUGUGCUCUUUGAAGGAGAGAUAAGUCGCCUCUUCCUUUUCUUACUUAAAAAGUUUCUUUAGGAGGAAACUGUCCUGAUUAAACUUGUUCAUGGAUGCAUGUCAAGGAAGAUUCCCUUGGAAAUCAUCACCAUCACACCUUGACUAAGUGCAAGUCAAACAGGAAAAAUGAAUUUCAAGAAAUCAUCACCAUCAAGGAGAUGGUGAAAGAAGUAAUACCUUUUUAUUUGACUUGGGCCUGUUUCCCUGAGGUCUUUGACUUCGCCUCUUCCCUUGGAAAUCAUCUCCUUGAUGGUGAUGAUUUCUUGAAAUUCAUUUUUCCUGUUUGACUUGCACUUAGUCAGGUAUCACCAUCUCCUUGAUGGUGAUGAUUUCUUGAAAUUCAUUUUUCCUGUUUGACUUGCACUUAGUCAAGGUGUGAUGGUGAAAGAAGUAAUACCUUUUUAUUUGACUUGGGCCUGUUUCCCUGAGGUGUUUCUAGUUCAGUUAGAGUCCCUUCAUAUUAUAACCAAGGAGGGAAUCUAAGUCAGAGAUUUGACCAACUUAGGAUAAAUUCUCAAAGUCAGACAUUCCCUACAGUUUUAUGUUAAUCGAUUACUUUAAAUCCUUGAAAUCUCCUCCUUGUUUCGAGGACACUAAUUGCAGUAUUAAUCUCAUACAUCCCACAGCUGGAUCAGGCAACUUGGUUACUCUUAAAGAAGUUCUGAUACCUGAUGCAGGCUUUUUCUACAUCCUUAGGUUGUAGACAUCAGUUUACACAAGGAAUGUCCCUUUAUAUGCCUUUGAGAUUACAUGCCUAUCAAGAUUAUUCUAUUAAUUUGGCUCUUAAAGAAGUUCUGAUACCUGUUGCAGGCUUUUCUACAUCCUUGGGUUGUAGACAUCAGUUUACACAAGGAAUGUCCCUUUAUAUGCCUCUAAGAUUACAUGCUUAUCAAGAUUAUUCUAUUAAUUUGGCUAGUCAAACACACAUUUCAAGACCUGCUUAGCAAUAAGAGCAGCCAUUUAGAUACUAAACUUGCCUGUUCAGACAAUUUACACAGUUGUAGAAGAUGCUGCAUCAGACUAUUCAAGCCAUUUUCUUGUUCUGAAAAGAUGGUCUCAUGUUUUAGAGUUUCAACAGUCAUCAAUCGUUUAUUACAAGGCUUUUCCAGAUUCUUCAUUUCUUAUGGCUGAUAGAUAUUCUACUUGCUGACCAAUUAUGAAUUUAAGUUUUGCCAAUAGUGUUCAGCCUUCAUUACAGUGUUGGGUUGAGAUCUUUUCUGGUUUCUUGGUGUGCCACAUGUCAAACCGGGAUCAAGGGAUUGGUUUCGGAGGCAAGCUGGAGCUGCUUCGAUCCGGCGCUGUCGGUGGAGGAGUCCGAAGUCAUGGCGCAGCUGUUGGGGGGGUCUCAGAGCUUCGCAGGCGACCAUGAUCAACAGCAACAGAUGCUUUGGUCCGACCAUAAUGCCGAUUCUUACUACUGUGCUGCUACUUCUUACCCCGAUCCGUACUGUUGGCCGCAAGGCAACUGUAGCAGAAGCAGCACCACCGACUAUUACUGCUUUAGCGAUCCCCACAUGGUUCCUGCGAUCGGCGUUAGCUCUACCCCGAUGAGUUUUAGCAUCGGCGGCGAGCGGAUCGACACCCCGUCCUUCCCCGUCGGUGCUCAUCAUCAGUUUGGCGCAGCGGUCUGCGUGACCGAGGAAGCCAGCAGUGACGAAGUCGUGGAUUCCUUGGCGAAGCCUCCUCCACCACCUCCUCCUCCUCCCCCUCCUGCGCAUGCCUCGCAAGCCAUCAAGAGAAGGUUGCAUGGUGGCGUCAUCGAGGUGGCUGCCAACACGGAAGAGGAUGACACCCAACUCCAGAGCCCCAAAAAGAAGGCCCGGGCAUCGGCACCUAUGCCUAAGAAGGGGAAGAAUGCGCAGUCCAAGAAGGCUCAGAAGAGUGGUGGUAGCUGCAACGAGGAAGAGAGCAAUGGCGACAUGAAUCCUCAGAGCUCCUGUUGCUACACCUCGGAGGACGACUCGAACGGAUCUCAGGAGCUGAAGGGAGCUGCUGCAUCUCUGAAUUCAAAUGGCAAGACGAGAGCUGGUCGUGGCUCAGCUACCGAUCCACAGAGUCUCUAUGCGAGGAAGAGGAGAGAAAGAAUCAACGAGAGGUUGCGAAUUCUGCAGACUUUGGUCCCGAAUGGAACAAAGGUUGACAUCAGCACAAUGCUUGAGGAAGCAGUUCAAUAUGUGAAGUUCUUGCAGCUUCAAAUUAAGCUUCUGAGCUCUGAUGACUUGUGGAUGUAUGCACCCAUUGCAUACAAUGGCAUGAACCUUGGGAUCGACCUGAACAUAGCUUCAAAAUCUCAGCAGUGACAUCCAUAUACAAUCUUCCUUUUUCUUCCUUUUUGUCCCCUAAAAUGUUUUGAAUUUUUGGCUCAUUUCCGCAGAGCAAAGGGAUCAUCAGUACUUGACUAGCAAUUAUGAGAAGCGUGUUGAUGAUUCAAAUUGACCAAAUCUCAUGUAUUCUUGACUUAUUUCAUCAGUUUUGACUGUUAACUGAUGGAAAGAUUGGUCCAAAACUACAGAUGAUGAUGUAAAUGAGGGCAACUGCCUAAUUCAAAACAUGACUUUUGUACUGAGACACUACCUUUGGAUGUGAUAUGUUGGGUGACCCCCAAAAUUGUUAUUAUUGGAGGCAGC